GUUCUCUGGCAGUGCUAGUGGCAAUUCAUCAAAGGGUUUUGGCGCUUAAUGUAUUUGUACAGUGGUCAAACUUCCUGUACCAGUGCCAUAGCUUAUAUUCUCUUUGUGUAUAAAUGCUGUGGUCCAGGAUCUAGGAAGUCGUAAAUAAGUUCAAAUGCAACGUCUGUUCCCUGUUUCUUUCUCAGCAACAGCGCAAAAGUGUUGUAGCAUGAUGGUGCUGAAGCUGGACAACUCUAUUGAUCGGUUCAGGUUUGCCAUGUCCUGUUUGGGGCUGGUAGGCUGUUUAUGUAUAAGCUACUCCGUGUGGACCCCAUUCUGGCUGGCAGAUAGGGGACUUUGGACAAGAUGGAACAACACUCAGAAAUACCAGGCAGGGGAUCACACAGAUGACGUCAUUUUUCAUGCCCUGGAGGCUGAGCAAGUGUUCGGAGCUCUCUCCUUCCUGAUGGCCGUCAGCUCAAGCGCUCUGUGUCUGGUGUUUGCCCUCUGCUGGACGUCUGAGACGGUGCGCUCCUACUCCAACACGCGCUCUCUCCUCAUGUCCGGACAGGCGCUCUACCCCACCACACUACUGCUCCUCGUCCUGGCUCCUACAGGGUUCUUCUUCCUCCUCAGCUGGUCUCUCUUCACCUAUCAACACCAGGAACAAAUCCGACAAGACUUCACCUGCCUCGGCUCCUCCUACUGGUUCGGGGCUUCGGGUUGGGUCCUGCUAUUGGUUGUUUUGCCUGCCGUCUUCGUGGUUGAACAAUGUGUUGUUCCAGACAUACUGCCGGACCUGGAGAAGGCCAUAGCGUCGUGGAGAGCUGCUUCUCAGCUUAAGUACAUGGACCGGCCUUUCAGCGAGGGGUGUUAUCCUGGUUAUAGCAACGAGGGUCACAAUAUGAACCUGAAGAGGUACAUGUCAUCUCCCUGAGUGAUAUGGAGAAACCAGAACGUGAUGGUGGAAGUUCAACUGCUGCACAUUUGAGCAAAAAAACUGGACUGCUGAGAGACUGAACCUUCCUCGCUGCUUCCUAGAAGACAACUACUUUAUAUAAGCAGAAUAAGUGUUGAUUUCACCGUCUGGUUUACUGUCUAUGUUUAAAUGCCCAGUUAUAAAAUCAGGAUCUCCUCCGAGGGUAGCACAGUGGUGCAGUGGUUAGCACGGUCACAUCACAGCAAGAAGGUCCUGGGUUCGAACCCCGGGGUUGUCCAACCUUGGGGGUCGUCUGGGGUUGUCCUGUGUGUGGAGUUUGCAUGUUCUCUCUGUGUCUGCGUGGGUUUCCUCCGGGUGCUCCGGUUUCCCCCCACAGUCCAAAGACAUGUAGGUCAGGUGAAUCGGCCGUACUAAAUUGUCCCUUGGUGUGAAUGUGUCGGCCCUGUGAUGGACUGGUGGCCUGUCCAGGGUGUCUCCCCGCCUGCCACUCAAUGACUACUGGGAUAGGUUCCAGCAUCCCACGACUCUAGUUAGGAUAAGUGGCUUGGAUAAUGGAUGGAUGGAAGCGUUGGUUUCAUUUUGAUUUCACCAUUCGGUUUAUUGUCUAUGUUUAAAUGCCUAAUUAUAAAAUGAGGAUCUGCUCUGAAUAUGAGUGAAAGUGAACACUAGCUUACAGGAGGGCUACUCAGGGCCAGUCAUCAUCAGCUCUUCUCAGAAUACGUUGAGCCGAUUUACGGACAAAGGGACUGAACACAGUGUGGUCACACAAACAAGGGCUUGUGUGGGCAUUAUUUGAUAUUCCAACUGUGGGACGUGACCCACAAGUGGGUUGAGCAGAGGCCCAGGUGGCUCAUGGGAUGUCACAAUAAACACAUUUUGUUCGAAGACAGAAAAAAAAAUGCAUGCAAAUGCAUUGCCUGAAAAAUACUUUGGCGUGGAUACAAAUAAUGCAUUCAUUUAUUAUUAUUAUUAUGUUAUUAUGUAUUCCAAAAUAUCACUAAAAUAAUGUUUAAUGUUGACAUGCCUCAUCUGUUUCAUUUCUUUUUCAUUCAAGCCAUGAUUCAUGAUUGAAGACUAAAAAUAGGAUUUUACGGAUGAACAAUACAAGAGAGGAUUGUUAACUUUCUCACUUUUUGACAGGUUAUGAGAAUCUAUUGCUUUUUUUUGGGAUCCCCCCCCUUUUUGUCUUUAGUUGUAUCCGGCCAAUUACCUCGCUCUUCCGAGCCGUCCUAGUCGCUGCUCCACCCCCUCUGCUGAUCCGGGGAGGGCCGCAGACUACCACAUGUCUCCUCUGAUACAUGUGGAGUCGCCGGCUGCUUCUUUUCAGUGAGAAUUUUCGCCAGGGUGAUGUAGCACAUGGGAGGAUCACACUAUUCCUCCCAGUUCACCCUCCGCCCCCAAACAGGUGCCCCGACCGACCAGAGGAGGCGCUAGUGCAGCGACCAGGACACAUACCCACAUCUGGCUUCUCACCUGCAGACACAGCCAAUUGGGUCUGUAGGGACGCCCGAACAAGCCGGAGGUAACGCGGGGAUUCAGACCGGCGAGCCCCGUGUUGGUAGGCAACUCUUUUGCUUUGUCUAAUGCACAACAUAGUUAGUGGGGCCUGGUCCAGAAAGUGUCUCCACAGGUGGGUCAAAGCGUGAAAAUGUUUGGGAAGCCCCUGAUUUAAUAUGAAGAUCAGCUGCACAAAUCAAAGCCAGUUCUCUGAGGGCCUUGUUUCAGUAGGAUGAGCUGCAUUGUGCUUUCCUCACAUUAAACCAGAGCCCUUUUGUAAUGAACAAAAUGAGGCUCUGUGGACAAUAUUACAUUUCCACUUGGCUAGUUGGUCAAUGCUCUAUUUGAGCAACGAUUAAGAGUGAAGUACAGAUUUUGUAAUAUAACAUGUAGCACAGCACAACAAAGUGUUUAAGCAUGUCACACGGUUUGUAAGUGACAUCUUAACUGCAAUAUAUCGUUCGAUUAUAAAUGCAAACGUUGCUUUUUCCAUGUGUUAUGUGGUUUAUUUGUUGUGAAAACAGAUCUGAAGGGAUUUUCCGCUAUAUUAUGUAUGUCAGACAAGGGACAUGCCCUGUACAUGUGGGUGAGACUGGAUAAUAUUUUGCACAAACAUUCGUGCUUUUCUUAUAAUUUGAACUUUGCCUUCAUAUGAACUGGAUCCUGCCCUUUCACAAAACACAUUCAGGAGACUUUAAUAUAUAUGAUCAGCAAAAUCUCUUGAUCAUAUACCCUGUUCCAGCCCUGCUUACUUUCUAUUGGUGAUAAGAUAAACUAAUAAACUGAAUGAUCGACUGAAUGAUUGAAUCAAAAUGACUGAUUUAUGCUCCUAUGGGGGUUUGCCUUGCAGGAAAUUA